CCCCUUGUCUCUUACAUUUAUUUUUUUUAACCACCCAUUUCCAUAAUGCUUCGCGCUGCUUUUACUGGUGUUGCUGCCCGUGCUGUUGCCGUUCGCUCGGUUACUGUCUCUAGACCUAUUGCCCAGGUCAUGGGUAAGCGUUUCUACUCUGGCCAUGAGGACGAGAGCUUCGAGGCUUACACCGAGCGUUACGUCAAGUUCUUCGAUGGCGUUGAGGAUUUGUUCGAACUUCAGCGUGGUUUGAACAACGCUUUCGCUUACGAUCUUGUCCCUGCUCCCAGUGUUGUCGAGGCUGCCCUCAAAGCCUCCCGUCGCGUUAAUGAUUAUGCCACUGCCGUCCGUAUCUUCGAAGGUCUUAAGGAGAAGGUCGAGAGUGAGAAGCAGUACGAGGAGUACCUCAAGGAGCUCGCACCUCUCAAGCAGGAAUUGGGUGUUCUCACCAAGGAGGAGUUGGGCUUCUAAACAAAUUAAAGGUGUUAGAAUGCUUAGUUUGCAUACCAAAAAGAAAAGAAAAAAACCAAAAAUCAAACCAAACCAAACCGAAAAGAAUCGUCCAUUUCCAACAACAGAAGGUUUUUGGGCAUUUUUGUGAUUAGAAAGAUAAGCGUUUAUUCCUCAACAAAGAUCGCAAUAUCCAUCAACAAUUGCUGUCAUAUUUUUUAAAAAAAGAAAGGAUGAAAAAAGUAUUGGAUGAAAGUUGUAUA